AUGCCCGGCGCGCAGCCGGGCGGCGCGCAGGCCGCGAGCAUCAUGGGCGGCCAUCCGUACGCCAUCCAAGGCGGCAGGCACAUCGGCGCGCCGGCCAUCAUCCCGGCCGGAGGCGCCGCCGCCGACGCGGCGGCGCACGGCGCCGUGGGCGCACGCAGGGCGGGGCCGGGGCCGGUGGGCGGCACGCGCGGCGCGGGCGCGGGCGCACGCCAGCUGGGCGGCGGGGCGAGGGCGGUGCCGGUGCUGAGGUCGCUGGCAGCGACGCCGCCGGUGCAGAGCGACGACGACAGCGGCGAUGCGCCGCCGGGGGCGACGGCGGCUGCGGGGGCGGCGCGGCGUGGGGCCAAGAGGAACAACCAGGGCGGGUCAGAGGAGGGUGAUGGAUGA